AAAAUACUCAAUAGUAGUAUCUUUUUCGAAUAGCUCAUCACUAGGUCUUCUGCUCGCUCCCACACUUCUCAGUUAGUCCGAGAAAAAUGUUCGCGUUACGUGCUGCCUCUAAAACCGAUAAGAAUUUGCUGCCGUUCUUGGGGCAAUUGUCUCGUAGCCAUGCUGCUAAGGCUGCAAAGGCUGCGGCUGCCGCAAAUGGAAAGAUUGUGGCCGUAAUUGGCGCUGUCGUCGACGUCCAGUUCGAUGAUAACUUACCGCCCAUCCUCAACGCCUUGGAAGUCGACAACCGUUCUCCUCGGCUAGUGCUUGAGGUGGCUCAGCACUUGGGAGAAAAUACCGUACGCACUAUAGCCAUGGAUGGUACCGAGGGCUUAGUUCGUGGACAGAAGGUUCUCGAUACUGGGUAUCCAAUCCGUAUUCCAGUUGGUGCCGAAACACUGGGUCGCAUUAUCAAUGUUAUUGGUGAACCCAUCGAUGAGCGUGGACCAAUCGAUACUGACAAGACUGCAGCUAUUCACGCCGAGGCUCCUGAAUUCGUUCAGAUGUCUGUUGAGCAAGAGAUUCUUGUGACUGGAAUCAAAGUCGUCGAUCUCCUGGCUCCCUACGCCAAAGGCGGUAAAAUUGGUUUGUUCGGAGGUGCCGGUGUGGGCAAAACUGUGUUGAUUAUGGAACUUAUUAACAACGUGGCUAAAGCUCAUGGUGGAUACUCGGUUUUCGCGGGAGUUGGUGAACGCACUCGCGAGGGAAACGAUUUGUACAAUGAGAUGAUUGAGGGUGGUGUUAUAUCACUAAAGGAUAAGACCUCCAAGGUGGCUCUGGUUUAUGGGCAAAUGAACGAGCCGCCAGGUGCUCGUGCCCGUGUCGCUCUCACUGGACUGACCGUUGCAGAGUACUUCCGUGAUCAAGAAGGACAGGAUGUGUUGCUGUUUAUCGACAACAUUUUCCGAUUCACUCAAGCUGGCUCAGAGGUGUCCGCUUUGUUGGGUCGUAUUCCAUCCGCCGUCGGUUAUCAGCCAACCUUGGCUACUGACAUGGGUUCUAUGCAGGAGCGUAUUACCACCACUAAAAAGGGAUCCAUUACUUCUGUUCAGGCCAUCUAUGUUCCCGCUGAUGAUUUGACCGAUCCUGCUCCUGCUACUACCUUCGCUCAUUUGGAUGCCACCACUGUAUUGUCGCGUGCGAUUGCUGAACUGGGUAUUUACCCUGCUGUGGAUCCACUGGAUUCGACUUCUCGAAUCAUGGACCCGAACAUCAUUGGACAAGAACACUACAACGUUGCCCGUGGUGUGCAGAAAAUCUUGCAAGACUACAAAUCCCUUCAGGACAUCAUAGCUAUUCUCGGAAUGGAUGAACUGUCUGAGGAAGAUAAGCUCACAGUCGCUCGCGCUCGCAAGAUUCAGCGUUUCUUGUCGCAGCCAUUCCAAGUUGCUGAAGUCUUUACCGGGCAUGCUGGUAAACUAGUGCCCUUGGAGCAAACCAUAAAAGGCUUCUCAGCGAUUUUAGCUGGGGACUACGACCAUCUACCUGAAGUAGCUUUCUACAUGGUCGGCCCAAUUGAGGAAGUUGUGGAAAAGGCUGACCGCCUGGCAAAAGAAGCUGCCUAAGAAGGUGUAUUGGACAAAUCUUCAAAUUCGUAAUACCAACUUAUAACCCAUUUAGCAUUGAAUGUUAUGCUUUGAAUUUAAUAAACUUUGUAACAUCAUAUUAAAUUCAAUACACGCGAAGAACUCAAUAAAAUCUAUUUAAACAUUA